AUGAUCAAAGACGUACCGCCCGACUAUGAAACGAUUGGCACAAUAUUUGGCUAUGCACUAGUUGCCUUAUCAUGGCUCCUCAUCAUCCUUACAUUCCCCUUCUCAAUGUGUGUUUGCCUAAAGGUUAUAAAGGAAUACGAAAGAGUUGUUAUAUUUCGGAUUGGUCGACUAGUUUUCGGGGGAGCUCGUGGCCCUGGAAUGAUAUUCAUCAUACCAUGUAUUGAUACUUACAGAAAAAUCGAUCUCAGGUGA